CGGUGGCGGAUUUGCCUUCGGGAGUAGGAGCCAUGGAAGACGGCGCUGCGGCAACGACGUGUGCGAGCCUCAAGCCAUCCAUGGAAGACUCCACUGUGGACCCUCGAGCUGCUCCGCGAAAUGCCCCAGGACAUCGGGCGGCGUGCGACCAGAGCGGGGACGAGCACUGGGAGAGCAUCGACGCCCUCGAGGAGGGCGACGCAGCGCGCCGUCCGUCGAGGACCGCCGCGGUGCCCGCCUCGCGCCCGCCCGCCUGGUCGGGCCGCCGCGCCCCCAGGCCCGCCGAGGCGCGGCCGGGUGGCCUCGCCCCCGUGGCCCCGUGCCCGGGCCGCAGCGCCCCGCCCCGCGACGGCGUCAACGACGCCCUGGGCCUCCUCCGCGACGCCACCAUGGCGGCCCCCGCCGCCGAGGGAGAGGGCCGGGCCGGGCCUGCGGCGGAGAUCGGCGGCCCGUGCCUCCGCGGCCGGCGCGCCAGCCAGACGCUGGGAAGCCCGCUGCUGGAGGACCCGCCGCCAGAGUGGGUCCCCGCCGCGCGCCCGCCCGCCUGGUCUCCUCAGGACACUCCCGCCGGGGGGCCGGCGGCAGCGGAGGGCUGCCCGGUUCUGCACGGCGGUCGCGCGGGCCAGGGUAGCCCGCUGCUCGAGGACGGGGUGGCGCACGGGGCCCUGCCACGAGACCCUGAAGGUGCCGCGGAGGCUCCUGUUCUCCACCCCCGAGCGGGACCCGUGCGAGCCCCCCGCGCCCGAGGGCACCUCUAG